AUGGAUGAGCGAGACUCAGCUGGCCCUGGAACAGGAAGAGGCCAUGCCAUACGAACUGGGAGCAGUGGGGGAUUCUGGGAAAACUCUGUGCAGAAGAUCCUGGGUGAGGAGGACACCCUCCGCUCAGAGGUGCAGGGCCAGCAGUUCUGCUGCCAGGAGGCUAAAGGACCCCGAGAGGUUUGCAGCCGACUUUACCACCUUUGCCGUCAGUGGCUGAAGCCAGAAAGGCACACGAAAGCUGAGAUGCUGGACCUGGUGAUCUUGGAGCAGUUCCUGGCUGUCCUUCCACCGGAGAUGGAGAACUGGGUGAGGGAAUGCGGAGCGGAGACCAGUUCCCAGGCGGUGGCCCUGGCCGAAGGUUUCCUCCUGAGUCAGGCAGAAGAGAGAAAGGAGGCAGAGAGAAAGCAGGUGAGAGAGACUUUGCCCUGGAUACUCCAAAGGGGCUCCAAACAGGACAGAAAACAUCCCAUCAUGCUCUACUGAUGGCUCAUUUUUUUUUUCUGGGAAGGCAUCCAUGGAAUGAGAUCUAACACCCUUCAAGUCUUUUUCAUUCUCUUUGUAAUAUUUCUCACUCUUCAUUCUCUGUUUUGAAUCCUUGUUGGUCUUUCAGGAAAAUGAUCAUUUUGCAGAAAUGGACCUGGAUUCCUGUGAGACAGAGGGGCUUCCGUUGGACACCAGAGAGAGGCAUCAGGGUAAGGAGGGAGGAGUUUUUCCUCUCUCCAUUUGGUCAUAUUCCUUUGGCUUUGAACAGGAUGGAUUUGAAUCAAAUCAUUUGUUUUUUACAGAAAAUCUCAUUCUUGCUGGUAUAAUCUUAAUAUUUACAACCAGAUGAAGGUUUCAUUUUUAGAAUAAUAGAUUUUCAGAGUGGUUUUUACAAUCUUUGAUAAAAGAUUACUGAUUUGGUUAGAAAUACAUAGAUAAUUAUGGAAUUAUUGUCAGGUUUAAUAAGUUAGCUGCUUAUAUUUGGACAACUUUUCUGCUGUACUUUAUUGGAAGGAGAAAAAUAAAUAAAUAAUCAUUUCCUUAAUAACAAUUUGAAUAAUUUAUUUAACUAAAACAAUAACAUUACAGCAUAUGUAUCCAUGUUUUUUAACUAGCGUACAGUAGUUAGAGAUUUUAUUGUUUGGACAGUGCCAGUUGAGUCCUGGGAAGAAGGGCCUGGAACCCGUCAACCUUAUUAGUUGACUGGCCAGCACUUCAAGGUCUCGUCAGGAACUUGCAGAGCCCAGUUACCACCCUAAGAUCCCAAGACUUGUGGAGUAUUCUUCUCACAAGGUUGCACUUUUAUUUUUACUGCUUCACAUUUAGCUACUUGUGCAGAUCUAUUCCACUCCAAACAAUCUGUUCAUUGAACCUCUUGGAACUUAUCAUUUAAGAGUUAAAGGGUUGAUUCUGUGUAUAUAAAUUUGCAAAGGAAGAAUAAGGUGAAGGUUUUCUCCUCAACUCUGUAUGUUUAUUUUAUAACAUUUUUCCUGUGAAGAAAAGGCAUGAUUUCUUUGCGGACACAAAUUCACGCUUUUCAGAACUGCAAAAACAAACAUCUGUGAUAAUAUCUUCAUGUUAGAAAAACUGCCCCAAAUAUUCUUACAGAAACCUCUGGAAUUGCAUGACAUUGUGAAUGGAUUAAUGGAAUUCAUUUACCAAAAAAUUUAGACAUUGUAUAUAAAGGCUCAUGCUACAUAAUUAAAAACAAAUCCUUAUUUCCUUAUGAAUAGCCUUUGGACUAUAAUGCUACUUAAAUAGAAAACUAUCAAUAGAAAGAUUUUUCCUCCAAAAGCAAUUUAUUUUUAAAAAUCAGAUUUAAAAUUUUAAAAAUCCAAAUUAAAUUUUAAAAAACCCUGUUUAUUUUAUAUAUUUUUUAAUCAUUGCUUUUCUAAUCCACCAUGGUUUUGAAACUCAUCUGUGGGUUCUUUUCAUCUUUUAUUGGGGGAGAUAGUUGGGACCAAGAGCCCAGAGGAGGGGAGAUAUAUUUUUUCACAACUGACAUCUGAAAUGCACCCAAACAUCCAAAUGCACUCAGCAGGCGAGACUUUCUCAAAGGCCCCUCUGUAGUUUGAGAUGCACUGAUUCACCUGUGAGACAAGAAGGCACUCUAGGCCUCCCCCUUACCUUUUUCCUCUUGCAGGUGACACAGUGAUACUGGCUAGACCUCUUCAUCCAUCUCUGAAUGGGGACAGAAUGGAAGCAGCGGCUGUGGAACCAGAUCAGGUCAGGGGAAGCUGCCUUGUGGGGACAGAGACCAAGGGGUGGAACAAUGUCCUAGCUCAAGGAGAGGUGGUGAACAACAGUGUUGUCUCAGAGGAAGACAUUUCCCUUUUUCUUUUAGGGUCCAGUGUGCUUUGAAGAUGUUUCUGUUCAUUUCACGGACGAGGAGUGGGCGUUGCUGGAUCCUGACCAGAGAGCGCUGCAUAAGGACGUCACGGAGGAGAAUCGUUGGAUCAUGGCCUAUCUUGGUAAGGCCCAUGUGGGAUCAUAAUAUCAGUUUUUAAAAUCAAAACAGCUCUCUAUGAUGAACCUCAUAUAUUUUCACUGAAUUCAACAGCGUCCCCUACAACACCUGGGAUUUCAAUAUUCCCACCAUUAACCUUGAACAGUAAAUUGCUGGUUAAUUUUUUAUAAACAUCUCUCCUUCGAAGAAAUCUUGAAAGAAUCUCUUUAAUUAUAAUAAUUGGUUUUCCCUGAAUACACAACUUUUUGUUAUAGUUCUGUUUCAAUACUUCAUGUCCAAAGAGUUGAACAUAACUAAUACGUCUCCUGGCAGUUUCUUCCCUCUAGCUUUAGCGGAUUUUAUUUUUAUCCAAAAGAUGUUUGCUAUUGAAUAUCCCAUAUCCUCUUCUUUCAUAUCUAACCAAGCUGCCAGUUCUUUAACCAGUUUAGGUCUUAUAUUUUCAUUUGGGUCCUCUGGGAUCCCCCUGAAUUUCAGAUUUGAUUGUUUCUGUCUCAUCUGAGUCAUUGCCAUACUGUCCAACAAUUCUUCCUGUAUUUUAUUUAUCUCCUUGACCUCUAUUUUAAUCCUAUCCAUAUCCUUCCUACUUUCUUUCAUAUCUUUUUGCACCCUCUUCAUUGAGUCCUCAAGAGCUUUGGAUCUUACCGUCAAAUCUUUCACUUUUCCUGUCAGCUCUCCCACCACCUCCUCCAAUCUCUUAUCCAAUGUAUCCUGUACUUCUAAUAACUUUUUCUCAAUAUAUUGUUCAUUAUGUUUAAAUUCUUUCCUUAUUUCCGCCAUUAAGAUGUCAUAAUCCUUGAUUUCUUUCCCUUCUUUCCCUUCUGGAUGGUUCCCUUUCUACUGGCGUUCCCACCCCUUUUUUCAUUUUGUAUUUCAGCUUAUAUUAAUUAACUAGUAAAAUUUUUUUCACCCCUAGAGGUCGCUAAACUGAGAUAUUGAAUUUCUCUAUUCCUCCAAUGUAGUUCUUCUAGUGUAGUUCCCUUCUGCCCCCACACGGUGGCGCCUUAGUUGCCUUAUAUUAAUUAUCUAGUAAGAUUUUCCCCACCCCUAGAGGUCUCAAAGCUGAGAUAUUGACUUUCUCUAUUCUUCCGAUGUAGUUCUUCCCAUGUAGUUCCCCUCUACCCCCACACAGUGGCGCCUUAAUUGCUUUCCAAGUCUUAACUCUUAAAAUACAAAAAAUACAAAGAAGGAGAGGGAAGGAGAGGGGAAAAGAACAACAAGAAACCGUGGGGGGGGGGGAAAGGUGAGGGGGAAGACACACAACCAAAAAGUUCUAAGGAACAGGAACAGAAUACGAGGUGAGUCUUAAUGCGAGAGCAGAAACAGGGAAGAGAGGCGGAGCUAAGUGGAAGGAGCUCCACGAGGAGAGGAGCUUCCCGGGGUAACAGAAGGUUUUGCCGAAAAGUCCUACUUAAGCCUUCCUUCCUUGUCCGUUUGCCCCCAGUCUCUUCUGACUAAAGCGGUAAUUCAAUCGCUUAAAGUGCAGCGUCCAUCUUCUCCUAAUUAGUUGUUGUUGUGUACCACUUUAAAGAAGGAGGAGGAAACAAAGUGUGAAAUGGCGGCGGAGAGUCCCACUGUAUUCUCAAACUCUCCUCAUACAGUUCGUGUUCUCCUCCCAAACCUCCUUAAAGAGACGCUGCCUCUCAGCGUUUCAGUUCCUCUUAUUUCCAGUUCAAUUUUUAGUCCUUCAGAUGCCUCAAGUAUAAAACAGUCACUGUUUAAACGUGGGAGGCGGAAAUCACAGUUUAAGCACUAUUUAAAACGGGCACUGUUUAAACAGGCAAGCAAGAGGGUUGAUUGCAGGGUCUCACUUAUGUGUCCCAAACUAGUCGCUGGCGUAACACACUCCGACCUGGAGAAACAAUUAAUUUCCAUUCACUUCUCUCUAAUCCAUUAAGAUAUUUUCAGUCAUUUCGUUGCCUCAGAUUUCUUAUACUUUGUAUCCAAGGUCUCUCCGCUACACCCACUUAGCGGUUACUUUCUUACUUUCUCUCCUCUCCCAGCCUUCCGCUAUAUUCCAUUUUACUCUUACCGCUGCAGUGGACUCCUUCUACUUUCUCCCCACGUCUUCUUAUUCCGCUGGUUUUCUUAGCCAAAUUUCUAUUUGUUGUUGCUUUCGUUGCCUUAUUUGUAUCCAGCUUCUUAACUGCUGUUGGAGGCUCACUGCUUUCACUCAGAGCCUGAGGCUUCACAGCACGGGGUUUGUUGCUUCCCCUCGUGUUGCAGCUCAAAUCCUGUUAAAAACUAAAAAACAGGAGAGCACACGCAGCACCGCUGGGUACUCUGUCCCCCAGGGUAAUCCUCCUGGGGUUUCGAGGUUCACGGAGCCUUCGUGAUGCCUCUGGACCCCAGUGUUAUUCGAGACCCCCCGGAGGGUAGCCUCGCGCUCCUUUUUGGUAGCUGCGGCUCACUGGAAUUCAAACUGAGUCUUUUCAGGGCGCCGCAUUUAAAAUAUAUUUUAAAUUAUAUAUCACAGGUUCCCCUAAGGAUGUCAGUUAAAUCCCUUAAAUAAAUGCACCCAACCCUUUAGUAAAACCAUCCAUGUAAACCACUUGUGUUAAUGCCUCUAUUACCAAUAUUAACUACUAUUGCUCAUUAAUUUCUCCUUGAGACACUAAUCUAUUUCUCUUCAUUGCAGAUAGUGAUGGACUGGAAAUCAAGAACAAGGGUGACCGUGACAAAAUCUCCACAAUGGAGAAGCCGUAUCAAUAUAUUGAAUGUGGAAAAAGUUCCCAUUCCACUUCCCAUCAAAGAAAUCCCAUUAGGAAGAAACCAUAUCAGUGCUUGGAAUGUGAAAAGAGCUUCAGUACAAGCUCCUCUCUGAGUUCCCAUCAGAGAAUUCAUACAGGGGAGAAACCCUAUCAGUGCGUGGAAUGUGGAAAAAGCUUCCGUAAGACCCACCAUCUCACUUCCCAUCAAAGAAUUCAUACAGGAGAGAAACCCUAUCAGUGUGUGGAAUGUGGAAAGAGCUUCAGAAAGAGCUCACAUCUCACUGCCCACCAAAGAUUUCAUACAGGGGAGAAACCCUAUCAGUGCGUGGAAUGUGGAAAGAGCUUCAGUCAGAGCGCCCAUCUCACUUCCCAUCAAAGAAUUCAUACAGGGGAGAAACCCUAUCAGUGUGUGGAAUGUGGAAAGAGCUUCAGUAAGAGCUCUCAUCUCUCUUCUCAUCAAAGAAUUCAUACAGGAGAGAAACCAUUUCAUUGUGUGGAAUGUGGAAAGAGCUUCUGUCGGAGCACUGAUCUCACUUCCCAUCAAAGAAUUCAUACAGGGGAGAAACCCUAUCACUGCGUGGAAUGUGGAAAGAGCUUCAGUAUGAGCUCCCAUCUCAGUUCCCAUCAAAAAAUUCAUACAGGAGAGAAACCAUAUAAUUGCUUGGAAUGUGGAAAGAGCUUCCGUCGGAGCACCGAUCUCACUUCCCAUGUAAGAAUUCAUACAGGGGAGAAACCAUACGAUUGCUUGGAAUGUGGAAAGAGCUUCCGUCGGAGCAGUGAUCUCACUUUCCAUCAAAGAAUUCACACCGGGGAGAAACCCUAUAUAUGCUUAGAAUGUGGAAAGAGCUUUAGUCAGAGUGCCCAUCUCACUUCCCAUCAAAGAAGUCAUACAGGGGAGAAGCCAUAUCAGUGCUUGGAAUGUAGAAAAAGCUUCAGUACGAGUUCCCUUCUUACUUCCCAUCAAAGAAUUCAUACAGGAGAGAAACCCUAUACAUGUUUAGAAUGUGGAAAGCGAUUCCGUCGGAGCACUGAUCUCACUUACCAUCAAAGAAGUCAUACAGGGGAAAAGCCCUAUCAGUGCUUGGAAUGUGAAAAGAGCUUCAGUACGAGCUCACUUCUUAGUUCCCAUCAAAGAAUUCAUACAGGGGAGAAAUGCUAUCAGUGCAUGGAAUGUGGUAAGAGCUUCAAUACGAGCUCCUAUCUCACCUUCCAUCAAAGAAUUCAUACAGGAGAGAAACCCUAUCAGUGUGUUGAAUGUGGAAAGGGCUUCAGUAUGAGCUCCUAUCUCACUUCCCAUCAAAAGAUUCAUACAGGGGAGAAACCCUACCAGUGUGUAAAAUGUGGAAAGAGCUUCAGCUAUAGCUCCCAUCUCACUUCCCACCAAAGAAUUCAUACAGGGGAGAAACCUUAUCAGUGCAUGGAAUGUGGAAAAAGCUUCAGUACGAGCUCCUAUCUCACUUUCCACAAAAAAAUUCAUACAGGGGAGAAACCGUAUCAGUGCAUGGAAUGUGGAAAGCGCUUCAGUACGAGUUCCUAUCUUACUUUCCAUCAUAGAAUUCAUACAGGGGAGAAACCCUAUCAGUGCAGCGAAUGUGGAAAGAGCUUCAGGAAGAGCUCCCAUCUCACUUCCCACCAAAGAAUUCAUACGAAGGGCAGAAAAACCCUUCAUAAUACUGCUUUAGUCGCCAGCCAGAUAUGCGCCUCUUUAACCAGGUCUUUGGCCAAUUGACAUCUAAUGCCUUUUUAAAAUGUGUGGAGGGAGAGUGUAAGGUGUUUUGUGUGUAUGUGUAUUUUCGUUUUAUUAUAUUGUGUUUUUAUGUUGUAACCACCCUGAGACCUGUGGGUGUAGGCUAUAGGAGCUAACUCCUAGAGGCCAUGGGGUCUUUGCCCCCUCCCAUUAUAAAAUAUUUUAGGGGGCUGGACUUCCGGUUCCGGUCUGCCUUAAUGCCACUCCCACUAUAGCGGUGAUCAUUAGCAAAGAAUAAACAUGGAUUAUUUGAGAGUAAUUUUCCUUGCAAGUUCCCCCCAGGACCCGGGGGGAGUUAGCUUCACUCACAGAUCAUCUCGGUACCUGCCUCUUGCUCCGGCAUGGAAUCAGAGUGGCAGGGAGGCGCUGAGUGCAAAAGCAUUUUGCUUAUCUGUAACCCUCCUACGCAGCCAUUAAGAAGCAGAGGGAGUUCUGUUUAUUAGAAUGAAUUUAGAACUAAUAUACAGACACGUGCUGUAAAAGAUGGGAAAAUAUCAUAAACUGCUAAAUUGAAAAAUUGUCCAGUAGCACUUUAGAGACCAACUAUGUUUGUUCUGGGUAUAAGCUUUCGUGUACAUGCACACUUCUUCAGAUACACUGAAACAGAAGUCACCAGACCCUUAAACUGAAACAGCUACAAAGCCAUAAUGAUUCAAACUGGAAAGAAGACUUCCUUCAAUGUGAAAUAUGGUAUGUGAGGGGGAGGGAGCCUUUACCCUUUCUGUAUAUAUAUCAUGUUUGCUACAUAAAUGAUUCAGCCCCCCUUGAAUGCUAACAACCUGAUAAAAGGCAAGAGAAGAAUGGGAUUAUACUUACGAAGUACAACAGAAAAUAGAGCAGUGUGAGAAAAUUGAAAUGAAUUUAAAAAAUUGAAUUUCCACUGUAUUGCAAUGGGAUGAUGUCAGGGAACUGACAUCGGAGCGGGAGGCGAAGGGGAGGCUCCUAGAUGAUGCUGGAGAAGGACCCAGCAGCAGGGGGAGAAGCAGCUCAGUGGAGGGGGAAGCAUUUAAGCGCAACACCAGGAAUAAAGGUGGGCAGAUGGGGGAAUCGGAGAGAGGGCUCCAGGACUCUUCACUGGAACUCAGUGAGGAGGGGACAGGUCCUCCGCUACCCACGCCCUCCCUGCGCAGAAGGCUCCCGCGCAGUGAGAGGAGGAGGAGACUGGGUGUCAAACAACUCUUAUGUUGGAAGAGAUUCAAGAAACGCCCACUGACGGAUUCUGCCAGUGACUGAGGCAGUCAUGAUUAGAAAGGGCUGUGCAGUCAGAAAGGUUUAACAAGGCAAAUUAGCCUAGAGAGGCACCAGUUUACACACGAGUAACUCAUACUCAUCACAGAUGACCUGGAUUUUGAUCUUUGAAGAUUGGCCAAGGCUUGGCAGGACGCCAGAUCAUAAUUGAGAGAGUUGGACGAGAAGCAGUAGGUGGAGUCUUGCUAGAGAUUUGGCAGGACGCCAAAUUACUCUUUAUGUAGACUCAAACAAUAACAACAACAAAAAGAUGGCGUGUGACACAGUUGAAAUUACAGGUUCAUUCUCUAGGAACAAAGGAAAAGAGCGGAAGUAGCGAUGCUGUGCAGGACAUGAUGGAGAAGAGGAAGGAUGAAGAAACAUGGAUAAAAUAAACAUCACACACAGGAAAUAUAGGGGAUACAGAAUUCCUCUUGCAGAAAUAAAAUUUAACAAAUGUGUUAAUACGAAUGGAAGUCAAAAACUUUGAAGCUGCUGAUAAGGUAAGGGAUUAAGAUCAAGACAGAAUAUAAUUGGAUUAAGAUUUCAGAAGCAGGAUGAAAUAAAAUUAUCUCACCUUGAAAUCUACCAUGCAGGAGGCCACACAAAAUGUAUAAUUUGCUUUAUAAUUGAUAUAUAUUUGAAUUGUAAUUGUAAUUUGAGAUUGAUAAAUGCUGUUUACAUCAGAUUUUUUUUUUACAAAAACAAAAUAAAAUUUCAGGGGGCCACUCCCCUGUUGAUAGGCAUUGCCAUUCAAAUGAUGUGCCUGCAUCACAUCCUGUGAUUGAUUAUGCGAGGUGGGGCUUACCUGCCCCCCCAAUAUUUUAUUCAGGUUAGCAGUCCUGGUAUAGGAUGGUAUACAAAUUAAAUAAAUACAUAAAUAAUAUUAGAUCAUCUUGGUCAUCUUCCUUUCUACAUGGUCCAGCUUGUCAAUAUCCUUGUUUAUUCUCAUUUUUAAAAUUUAUGUGAACUUCAUCUGAAGAUUUCACAGUGGUUCACAACAUAAAUAUGCAGGUUGAAAGCAUGGGUUUCUCAAAAACAAAUUAAGCCAGAGAAGUCUCUCUUUUAGGGAUGGAGUUACAAACUUUGUUGAUUAGGUGACUAGAGAAUUUGGACAUAAUAUGCAAGAAGCACAUGUAGCAAGAAAACAGAAAAGUCUUGAUGAACAAACAACUGGGGAUGGACUUUAUAUCAUCAGACAAAACUAAAAAAAGAGGUGCAGUAAUUUAUGCAAAGAAUAAAUAUAACCCCUCUGACUUCCCGCCUUUCCUGUACACGCGCCUCUUGCCGAACACCAAUAGAUAACGCCGCCUUGGUCAGCUCAUCCGUGGAUCUCGGUCAGGGUCCCCUGGAGAGCUCAUCCUUGAUGUCCAAAUUUAAGCCUGCCCUAAAGAGCGCCUGCAUGGGUUCGGACAACAAAUCCCAGUCCAGCUUGUGCACCAGCAUUGCGAACCGUGACCAAUAGCUGCAAGCAGUCAGGGAUCCCUGCUUGAGGGUCAGUAGCUCCUGCUGUGUGACAUCCCCCUGAAUUUCACUGGUAAACAUUGCGUCCAUCACCUCAUAAAAUUUCCCCAAGUCCUGGAGGGCAUCGUUUCCCACGCUAUUAGGUGUCUCACCCAUUCCCGGGCUGCCCCUUCUAAAUGGGAAACUAUGAACGCCACCCUCUCCUCAUCAUUAGCAAAUUCCCUCCUUUGUAAGUCCAGGCAUAUUUAAUCUCAGUCUUAAAAGCAACGUAUUCUUGAGGGUUCCCACCAAAAUUGCUCACCAGAGAUGGUACUUUUCUCCCCAACGGAGCUGCUCUGAUUUGCUGGUCCUGCACUCUGCGCUCCUCCAGCCUUGCUGCGAGCUCAGCGACGUGCGCUUCCAGCUCCACGUUCCUCUGCCUCAGGGCUGCUACAUUCCACGCCACCUCUUCCCUAGCACUUCUGCCUGUAGCCCCUCUGCCCGCUGCUCUUUGCUCCUCCAGACUCCCAGUAUCCUCUUGAUCCAUCGUACCGCUCUCCACUGCUACACGCGAGCAACCGCAAUGACUACCGGAUUGUUGUCAGAUGUGGGUGGUGGUUGCUCGUGAGUAACCAGGUGGGAUUCCGACCUGUCUUUUACAGUUUUUAGUGGUGCAAACUAUUUACAGUGCAGAAACACAAAGUUCAUGUCCAUCUUAGUCACUUGCAGAAUCCGGGAGUGGCCCCUUCUGGCUUCUCCCCCAGCAUAAGAACUUCGGUACCCCAAGCCUCCACCUCCCUUCCUUACGUUUCACCCCUCUGUGCAGGCUGGGCAAUGGAAGGGGUGUGCGUCUCUCCUGGUCAGCCUGGCUAUGUGAGGUGCUGGGGCUCUCCACAGCAUCCGCAACCCCUUUCCCCACUUGGCUGGUCCCUUCCCUCUCUCCUUCACUGGAGGUGCGGCUUUCCCCACCGCUGGAGGAGGAGCUGCUCCUCAGGAUCUUUGGAGACACUCUGUAUCCCAACCGCUCCCCUGCCUCCCUCCUCUGUUCUGAUGGCAGUCCCCUGACACCAACUAACUUUGCAAAAAAACUGAAAAAAUCCUGAAAGAUUACUUUGAAUUAAAUUUGAAUCAAGGGACAGGAAAUAAUAUGGUCUGGGAUACAAGUAAAGCAGUGGUGAGAGGUUUCUUUAUUCAGCAAAAUGCUUGUCAAAAAAAGGUUAGAGGAGGCAAAAAGAAAUUUUGAAAUAAUUGAUUAGAAAUGAAAAAGAAUUGAUUUAAAAAAAAACAACCUGGAAAAGAUUCAAUAAAACAGAAUGUAAAAAUGUUACAAACACAAUUCUCAAUGUUAGUGAACCGAGAAAUUGAAUGGAAGAUUAAAAUGCUAAGGUAGAAAAACUUUGAAUUUGCAAAUAAACCAGGGAAACUACUUGCCUGGCAAUUAAAAAAAGAAACAGGGACAGACUGUAAUAAAUAAAUUGAGAAUAGAAGGCAAAAUAGUAGAUAACCCGAAGGAUCUUAGAAGGCAAUUUGUAAAAUAUUAUACAGAGUAAUAUCAAGCUGGUAAAGAAAAUAAAGAUAUAAUUGAAGAAUAUUUAAAGCAGAGUAAGUUACCAAAAAUCCUGAAGGAGAAAAUUAUUUGAAUGCACCAAUGACAAUGCAAGAGGUGCAACAAGGAGUUAACCAUUUAAAAUUAGGUAAAUCGCCGGAGCCAGAUGGUCUAUCAGCCAAAUAUUAUAAAAAUAACUACAAGACUUUCUGAUACAACCGUUGAAAGAUGUAAUGAAUAAAAUAUUGAACACAAGGGAAAAUUCCAGAUUCAUGGAAAGAGGCAUACAUAAAAUUACUUCCAAACAAGACACAGAUUUGCUUUCAGUAAAAAAUAGGCCUAUUUCUCUGCUCAACAAUGAUUAUAAAUUAUUUGCUAACAUUAUGGUGAAUUGUUGUUAAAAAGUUAAUUCAUCAGGAUCAAGCUGGCUUUCUUCCUGGCCGACAGCUGAAGGACAACAUAAGGAAUAUAAUUGAUAUAAUAGAAUAUCUGGAGGUGAGGAAUAAAAAGCAGGCUGCUUUGAUGUUUGUGGAUGCAGAGAAGGCCUUUGACAAUGUGUCCUGGAAAAAAUCUAUGGAAAUGGUGAAUUUUGGAGAAACAUUUUAAGAGGAAUUGACGCAAUUUAUACAGAUCAGCAGGCAAUGCUGAUAGUGAAUAAUGUAGUAUCAGAAAAGUGUAAAAUUACAAAAGAGACAGGACAGGGUUGCCCCUUGUUGUCAUUAUUGUUUAUUUUAGUAUUAGAGACCCUGGUGAGGAACGUAAGAUUUAAUGAAGAAAUAAAAGGUAUAACAGUUGGGUGCAAAGUGUAUAAAUUGCGAGCAUUUGCAGAUGACCUUGUAAUAACAGUGGAAAACCCGUUGCUAAGUAUACCAAGGGUAUAAGAUAAAAUAUUUGAGUUUGGACAGGUAGCAGGAUUCAAAUUAAAUAAAAAUAAAACAAAAGUAUCGGUGAAAAAUAUGACAGAACAAAAUAAAAAUAAACUACAACUAGCAACACAAUUGACAAUUAAAAAAGGUGAAGUAUCUGGGGGUAUGGUUAACUGCUAAGAAUAUAAACAUUUUAAAGGAUAAUUAUGUAACAACGUGGAAUGAGACAAAGAAAAACGUGGUGAUCUGGGGAAGGAUGAAUCUAUCACUUUUGGAAAGAAUGUCAGUUAUGAAAAUGAAUGUAUUGCCAAGAAUGUUGUUUAUAUUUCAAACAAUACCCAUGGUCAACACAGAGGGACACUUCAAACAAUGGCAAAAAGAUAUUUCCAAAUUUAUCUGGCAGGGCAAGAAACCAAGGAGUAAAUAUAAACUAUUAACAGAUACCAAAGAAAGAGGUGGCUUCUCUCUGCCGGAUUUGAAAUUAUAUUAUGAGGCAUCAUGUCUCUGCUGGCUAUGGGAGUGGAUAAUGUUAAAAAAUACAGACAACUUAGACCUUGAGGGUCAUGGUAAUAUAUUUGGUUGGCAUGCACAUUUAUGGUAUAAGAAGACCAAAGUGCAAAAGGAUUUUUGAAUCAUUUGGUAAGAAAAGCAAUUUAUGGAGUAUGGGAAAAAUAUAAAAACCUGUUAGAACAGAAAACACCAUGGGGGCUUUCACCAGUGAAAGCUAUAUCUCUAAAAAAGACUAAUGCUAAAUGUGAAUGGGCAACCUAUAAAAAGUUAUUCAUAGAAGUAGAACAACUGAAAUUGAAAAGUUUUGAAGAUGUAAGAAAGUUGGUUACAGAUUGGUUGCAAUAGCAUCAAUUAAAUGAUGUGUUUAAAAUAGAUAAGAAAAAUGGAUUUAGUACAGAAAUUUCAAGGUUUGAAAAAGACAUUGGAAAAUAAUGUGAAGUUACUUUCUAAAAUGUAUAAAUUGUUGCUAGAGUGGCAUACAAAAGACGAAGAAGUCAAAUUGUAGCAGGUGUUUAAUCAGUAAUGAUUAAACACAAUAUAUUAUAUAUAUACACAAUAUAUAUUCAAUUUUCAUCUUGGAAAAAACUGGAGGGAGGACUUGAAAUUUACAGCGUUCUGUGCGUUGAAGGAAAAUUAUAUGUAAAUGAUGUAUUGGUGGAAUUUAACACCUGUAAGAGUAGCAAAAAUGUAUAGAACUGCUUUAAAUGUUUGCUGGAAAUCAUCAUCAUCAUCAUUUUAAAUUUGUAUACCAUCUUUAUAUCUUACAAUACUCAAGGCAGUUUGCAAGCUGAAGAAACAAAAAAUGUACAUCUUAUAACAAUCUAAUGCAAUACAAAAAUGAGAUAAUAAAACAUAACUUUAAAAUAAGCAACCUACAACAAAAAAGUAACAUUCAACAAUCAUUAGAAUAGUAUAAAAUAAUAAUAUCAGCAUAUAAAAGUUAAACAGAAAUUCACUCUUAACAGUUACAAUAAAUAAUUUCUAAACUAUAAUAAAUCAAACAAUGGCAAGCCACAGUACAUAAAAUAAUACAAUGGAAAUUGAAAAGCAGAGACUAGAGGGUGGAACAAGGCAGGUGGAAGGAGGCCUUGCCUGAUGGAGUCUCUCCCCUCACAGGUCUCCCUCCAGGAACAGCUCCUCAUGAGGAGUCCUAGGGCCAGAGAGGGGGCAAGGCAGGUGGAAGAAGUCCUUGAAGAAGAAGAAGAGUUUGGAUUUGAUACCCCGCCUUUCACUCCCCUUCAGGAGUCUCAAAGCAGCUAACAUUCUCCUUUCCCUUCUUCCCCCACAACAAGCACUCUGUGAGGUGAGUGGGGCUGAGAGACUUCAGAGAAGUGUGACUGGCCCAAGGUCACCCAGCAGCUGCAGGUGGAGGAGCGGAGACGCGAACCCGGUUCCCCAGAUUACGAGACUACCGCUCUUAACCGCUGCACCACACUAGCUCUCAGGGAGUCAGGGAGUCAGAGAAUCCUCCAUGAUGAGAUGAAAUAUUUGUUUGAAUUUAAAUUUGUUAUGUAAAACUUGCUAAAAAAAAAUGUUUUUUUUUAAAGACUCCAACCAGUAAUCAUGGGAAAAUAUGGUGUGAUCUUUUAGAGUGCAGUGGUACCUCGGGUUAACUACUUACCGUAUUUUUCGCUCCAUAGGGUGCACCAGACCAUAGGGCGCACCUAGUUUUUAGGGGGGGGAAUCAAGAAAAUUGAUGUGGGGAUCCGUUUUGCAGCACAAGGCUAGGGUUAGGGGGGGCUGAAGCGACGGAGCCCCAGACCAACCGUCCCAAAGACAUCUUCCUUCCAAAUCGGGUUGACAAAGCCAAGCGCUGCUUUGCAAGCGACACGAUGUAUGUCUGCACUGAUCUUUUUGCCGUCUUAAGUCGUCUUUGUGUGUGAAAAUCGUCCCCAGUGCAGGUGGGGUAACAGCAGCCAGAAUUUGGGCCUGCAAAGAGGAAGGAAACAGACCAUGUGGGGAGCGGGGUUUAAAUCCACACUCAUGCGCUUAACCCCCCCCCCCCGUAAACGCUGCUAAUAAAAUCCCCUAGCAUUGCAGUGGGUUGGACUAGAUGACCCUUGGGACCCCUUCCAACUCUACAAUUCUAUGAUCGAAGUCGGACUUCUAUGAUUCUAUGCUUCCCCUGUGGCUGCUUCAAAGUUUUUAAAAAAGUAAGAAAGUCGGGAGAUCCCAUCGUGCCUAUUCCAUGUCUGCUUUCCCGGCUGCCUUCGCCGCCUCCCCCUGCAAAAAAGGGGCCGCUUCUUCUCCAGGAACCCCCCUCCAGCAGGCAGGGGCGACGUGUUUUGGCGCGUCCCUCGUCUCCCCCCCGCCUCACCUUCUGGGUUCCCUCGCUCCCUCCCCUGCCGUUUCUGCGGUGGGUGCUGGCGGGUCUUUCCGCCGUUCCUUGGCAGAGCAAUCCCCCCACGGCGGUGAGGGAGAGGGGCGGUGGGAGCGCGCGUCAGGCGGAAGGGAAGCGGCCUCACCGCCUUUAAAUGGCAUUACAUGUCAUCUGAGCAAGCUCCUGUGUGGGCAGGCGAGAGAGAGAGCGUGGCGCAGGGACACCAGCGGAGCGCCCGCUUCUUUCUGCCCGUUGCCGCCACCAGCAGGAUUUACCCUCCUCCCCAGCGCGCUUUUUCGGCUGCAGAAGCCACCCUCUCGUCCCACCUCCGGCGGCUUUCCCGCCUUUUUCGCCCGGGUCUCCCUCGCAUUAGAGAGAAACGCCUCAAGGCAGCGAAGAAUAAGCAGCAGCACAAAGCGAGACCCAAGCGCGAGGCGCUCUUCGGGGCACUGGUUUUCUGGCGUGCGCGCUCUUUCUCGGCGUUCCCUUUUUUGCUGCUUUUCUCUUUCCCUCGCUUGAUGGCUGCUGCCGCCGCCAAGCCCGCAGAGCUGAUGGGCAUCUACUCGAGCUACCAGGCGGUGAUGCCGCACUUUGUCUGCAUAGCCAAGGAGUUCCCUCAGCCCACCCGGCCGGCCAAGCUGCCGCAGGGCAAGCUGCACAGACACUGCCAGUCGCACUUCAAGCCACAGCUCUCCUGGCUUCAGCAAAAGGAACCUGAAGCCUUUGGAGCACAACCCGAGUUCCCGCUGCGCUCCAAAGGUUUCAGGCGGCUAUCCCUGAAGCCUGGAGAGCAAGAGGGGUCGGUGUGCACCAGGCUUCAGCGAAAGCAACGCGUAGCCUCUGGAGCGCUCCCUCUGCGCUUUGGAGGCUUCGCGUUGCUUUCGCUGAAGCCAAGGAGCCUGCAUUCGCUCCAUAGGACACACAGACAUUUCCCCUUAAUUUUUGGAGGGGGAAAAGUGCGUCCUAUAGAGCGAAAAAUACGGUAAUUCGUUCCGGAGGUCUGUUCUUAACCUGAAGCACCACUUUAGCUAAUGGGGUCUCCCGCUGCCGCCGUGCCACUGGAGCAUGAUUUCUGUUCUCAUCCUGAAGCAAAGUUCUUAACCCGAGGUAAUAUUUCUGGGUUAGCGGGGUCUGUAACCUGAAGCGUCUGUAACCUGAAGCAUAUUUAACCCAAGGUACCACUGUAAUCAAAUGAAACUUUAACACAUGGCAUGAUGAAAGUCUGCAAUUUCAUCAGGGUAAGGUAUUUGUUGUUUAUGGUUGUAACCAUUGCUUUCUUUAAAAUUAUCUUUUCUACCAUGAAAAUAAAUAAAAGCAAUUUUUUAAAAAGGAGGUGGGGAAAUCAUAUGUACUAUUGCAUUAAUCUGCUUGCAUGUGUUGAGUGUUAUUUGGAGACUGUUGUUGUUGUUUCGUCGUUUAGUCGUGUCCGACUCUUCGUGACCCCAUGGACCAGAGCACGUCAGGCACUCCUGUCUUCCACUGCCUCCCGCAGUUUGGUCAGAUUCAUGUUUUUAGCUUCGAGAACACUAUCCAACCAUCUCGUCCUCUGUCGUCCCCUUCUCCUUGUGCCCUCCAUCUUUCCCAACAUCAGGGUCUUUUCCAGGGAGUCUUCUCUUCUCAUGAGGUGGCCAAAGUAUUGGAGCCUCAGCUUCACGAUCUGUCCUUCCAGUGAGCACUCAGGGCUGAUUUCCUUCAGAAUGGAUCAGUUUGAUCUUCUUGCAGUCCAUGGGACUCUCAAGAGUCUCCUCCAGCACCAUAAUUCAAAAGCAUCAAUUCUUCGGCGAUCAGCCUUCUUUAUGGUCCAGCUUUCACUUCCAUACAUCACUACUGGGAAAACCAUAGCUUUUACUAUACGGACCUUUGUUGGCAAGGUGAUGUCUCUACUUUUAAGAUGCUGUCUAGGUUUGUCAUUGCUUUUCUCCCAAGAAGCAGGCGUCUUUUAAUUUCGUGGCUGCUGUCACCAUCUGCAGUGAUCAUGGAGCCCAAGAAAUAAAAUCUCUCACUGCCUCCAUUUCUUCCCCUUCUAUUUGCCAGAAGGUGGUGGGACCAGUGGCCAUGAUCUUUGUUUUUUUGAUGUUGAGCUUCAGACCAUAUUUUGCGCUCUCCUCUUUCACCCUCAUUAAAAGGUUCUUUAAUUCCUCCUCACUUUCUGCCAUCAAGGUUGUGUCAUCUGCAUAUCUGCAUAUUUGGAGACUGUAACUCCCAGUAAUUUCACAUUAUCUGUGAGUUUCUGUGUGUUCAGCACACAUGAUUGCAGGUGAGACUGAAUAAAAGACUUCCUAGGAAAUUCCCUUUGACUGCUUCUGUAUUGUUUCAGAUGCAGCUUCACUUACAGAUAAGAACAAAUCAUAUUUAUUGCUGACAAAUCAUACCAUUGUCACCUCCACCCCAACAAACCCUGUGCUGAACAUGAGCAGCUGCUUUCUUCCCAUUUCUUAGGUGAAAAGAACUGAUAAUGAAAAGGAAGAAGGGAGAUAGACCUGGGAUCUGGGGGGCUUCAUUUCACCCCUUAGUCCUGCUCCUGAAAGCUUGGCAAAUGUGGAGUAUUUGCUCACACACUGCCAUGACUUAAAAAUGAAUCUUCCAAAAUAAAAAUUAAAAAAUGGUAUUGCAGUCCUAAAAAGUCUCAAGAAAGCAAUUCCUGUAGUAUUUGGCAUCUUAGCGAGCCCAGUGCCACUCUGCCAACUGUCUCACGCCCAGCUAACUAAUCUGAAAAGCUGUCUUGUCAUCUCUGCAAGGACUUCAGUGUCCCUUGAAUUAGCAAUUCAGCAUUUCUGGAAAGGGAAAUGAUACACUUUUGUAUAUUAGCAUAACAAGCAUGCAUAAGAAUUAUUAGACAGAAAAAGCAUGCACAAGAAAGUAUUACUCAUUUAUGAUGAAAAUGGGAUUUAUUUAUUAUGAACUUUGCUUGGUUCCUGCUUGGCAGCCAGUGCGAUUGUUUCAGCAGGGCUAGAACUCAGGACCCGCUGCCUUGAGGGACAUCUAAGAGCAGUUGGGCAGGGAAAGGUCUCCCUUGGGAGGUGGUGGACUCUCCUUCCUUGGAGGUUUCUGAGCAGAGAUCGGACGGCCAUCUGCCAUGGAUGCUUUAGCUGAGAUUCCUGCAUUGCUGGGGGUUGGACUAGAUGACCCUGGGAUCCCCUCCUAUCUCUCCACUCCUGAAUUCAAGGGGGAGCUUCCUUGCCUAAUGCAAAGCCCUUUUCCCUGCAUGCUCUUCCUCUGGUUUCUGGCCAUGGGAGGGAGAUGCUCAGAGUCCAGCCAAGAUCCUCACCCCCAAAAGUAUAUCUGGGCAUUGGCGGAGCCAGGUGGGCAGCUGCCCCUCAAAAUCCAUAAGAAAUAAUAAGAAUCUGAGGUUCUGCCAAGCGAGAGAGGGCUGAGCCGGAGGGACUCGGCUUGGCAAGGGUUAAAGGGAACUGAGCUGCCUUCCUAGAGAGGACAGGAAGCAAGGGGGGGCCAGGUCCUCCAGAGCCAAGGCCCCUCCCUCCCCAGUCCUUCCCUUGCUUUGGUGUCUCUCCUGCAAGGGCUGCAUCGCUGUCCCUCCUGGGAUCUGGUGAGUCUCCUCUCUCUCCCCCCAGAGGGUGCAGUGGGGGGACGGGGGGGGCAGGGCUGCAGCAGGGGAGGAGGCCUGGGGGGCCUGAUCUGCUCCUGCAGGGGGGGGACCCCAAGUCAGGGAGGAGAGGGUCCUGCCAGGGAGGGGCCAGGUCUGCCACGCUCUCCUUCCUGCAGAUCAGAGGAUCCCAAACUCAUUUGACCCUCCGCCCCCCCCUUUCAGAAAAGAUCUCCCUUCUUUAAACAAAGGAGUCCCUAGGAUUUUAACUCUCUGUGACGUCGCUCAGCCUCAUUGCACAACAGAGGAAACAUCUGCAAAUGGUUUUCCAAAGCUGGACGAGGAGGUGGACUAGCCCCUCCCCCCAAAAAAAGGUGGGAGAGAAAGGCCAGGAAUAAAGAGAGGGAUCCCAGCCCAGAGUCCGGCUGCUGCAUUGGGGACCAGUUUCCCAGUGUCUCCCAGGGCAGCUCCCCACAGAGGCCACUGCAGCAAUCCCCUCGCACCCAGAGCAUGGCAUCCCAGGACCACAUCCUCUCUGCCCCAAAGGGAUUGUAGCUGGAAAAGCAGCCGGAAAUGGGCGCUGCUACUCACUGAGCCUCCAGGGACCUUAGCCUAAAUUUCAAGGGAGGUGUAUUUGGCCCCACCCACUUGGCCCUCAGGGGGUUGACCAGAUGUAUACCUGGCCCUUGGAGCAAAGAAAAAGGGACCCCACCCCAGGAGUCUUUCUGGAGAGCAGCAGAGAGUCCAAGUGCAAAAAAGGAGACAAAAGCAGGGGAGUGGGGGUGGGGGGAGCAACUCCUGAGGACCCCCAGGUGAGGACCCCCACUAGAGCCAAGUAUCCAUUUUUCACAAGAUACAAAUGACUCCCUUCUCAGUCAGUUCUGACUUCAUGCAUUGACUGGAAGGCAGGAGCAACCAGGCUGAGUCCCCUCGCAUUAAUCUCUUCGCUUGCCUCCAGAAUUCCACAAUCUCCCUUCUACAGGCCUACAUCUCCUCCUCCUCCUUUUUAGAAAGAUACCUCAGAGUCUGGGCUGUGGUGCUCCCAGAAAUCCCUUCAGUUGCCUCCACAUUUUGCAUUGCAAUCUUUCUUCUAGGAGGGCUUGAGGCUGCUUCCUCCUAUUUUUUUUUUUAAUUAAUAUUUAUUAAAGUUUCAGAAAUAAUAAAAUCACAUUAAUAAACAAGAAAUUUUUUAACAAAAACAGAGAAAAAUACACCAUACAAAAUACAAAAUACAAAAUAGAAAAAAGAAAAAAAAAGAAAAAAGAAAAAAAAAACAGUUAAAGAUAGUUCCGUCUUUUCAUAACUUCUUUUACAUUUACUUGUUUCCCGGACUUCCUCAUACCUCCCUCUUUUGUAUUCCAAUUCUGUUUGUAAGCCCAGCAAUUUCUUUCCCUCCUUUUUAAUUCCAAUCCUAAAUCUUAAUAUAUUAUGACAUUAGAUUUUUACCUAUUUAGAGGCUGCUUCCUCCUAUUCCUCCUCCUCCUCCUUUUUCUCCUGUACUACUUCUGCUGUGUGUGACAUGGGUCAGCGUCAUUGCACAACAGAGGAAACAUGCAUGAAUGGUUGCUCCCAAACCUCUUCCUUUGUUUCUCUCCUUUCUUUCUGCUUCUACCGCCCCCUUAUUGGCAGAGGAGGCCAGCCAAGCAGAUCAAGCCAAGCUUUAUGAGGAGCUGGGUAUGUUUAGUUGGAGAAGAGGAGACAGAGAGGAGAUUGGAGAGCCAUCUCACCUGGGGGGAGGAUUCCAACCAAUGGCUUCAAGCUACAAGAAAGGAGAUUCGGACUCAACACACCUAGUCAUUUUUCACGAGGCACCAAUGACUCGCUUGUCAAUCAGUUCUGACUUCAUGCAUUGACUGGAAGGAAGGAGCAACCAGGAUGAGUCCCCUCCAUUAAUCUCUUCGCUUGCCUCCACAUUUCUGCAAUCUCCCUUCGAGAGGCCUACAUCUCCUCCUCCUCCUCCUCCUCCUCCUCCUUUUUAGAAAGAUAGCUCAUGGUUUGGGCUGUGGUGCAGUCCUACCCUGGUUCCCAGCAAGACUCAUCCAUGCUUGCUCAGGGAACCUUUUUCUUCUACUGAUAUUGUACAACUUUUGUAACAGAACAAUGUAUUUGCUUUGUAGGAUUUGCUAGAGCUUCUCAUUCAGACAGACAGAAUUUUAAAAAGAUCAAAGGGUUCCUUUUGGUCUCUCAGAGGCUUCCUGAGAGCACAGAUGGAUGAGCAAGACUCAGCUGGCCCUGGAGCAGGAAGAGGCCAUGACAUCCAAACUGGGAGCAGUGGGGGAUUCUGGGAAAACUCUGGGCAGAAGAUCCUGGGUGAGGAGGACACCCUCCGCUCAGAGGUGCAGAACCAACAGUUGAGGCAGUUCUGCUGCCAGGAGGCCAAAGGACCCCGAGAGGUUUGCAGCCGACUCUACCACCUUGACCAUCGGUGGCUGAAGCCAGAAAGGCACACGAAAGCUGAGAUGCUGGACCUGGUGAUCUUGGAGCAGUUCCUGGCUGUCCUUCCACCGGAGAUGGAGAGCUGGGUGAGGGAGUGUGGAGCGGAGACCAGUUCCCAGGCGGUGGCCCUGGCCGAAGGUUUCCUCCUGAGUCAGGCAGAGGAGAGAAAGCAGGCAGAGAGAAAGCAGGUGAGAGAGACUUUCCUCUGGAUACUCCCAAGGCCUCCAAACAGGAUGGAAAACAUCCCAUAAUGACCUACUGAUGGCCUAUCCUUUUUCUGGGGCUGCAUCCAUGGAAUGAGAUCUAACACUCUUAAAGUUUUUUUCUUUUUCAUUCUCUUUGUAAUAUUUCUCACCUUUCUCUGUUUUGAAUCCUUGUUGGUCUUUCAGGAAAAUGAUCAUUUUGCAGAAAUGAACAUGGAUUCCUGUGAGACAGAGAGGCCUCCGUUGGACACCAGAGAGACACCACUGGGUAAGGUGAAUGGUGGGUUUUCUCCUUUUGGUCUCCUUUUGUUGGUUUCCCAACUAAUCUGUGGGUUCUUUUCAUCUUGUUUUUUCUUUGGGGGGGUGACUGUUGGGGCCAAGGGUCUAGAACAGGGGAGACAUAUUUAUGCACAACAAACAUAUGAAACAAAUGUCCAACUGCACUCAGCAGGUAAGGCUUCCUCAAUGGCCCAUUUGUAGUUAGAGAUGCCCUGUUUCACCUGUGAGAGAAGCAGGCACUCCUGGCAUCCUGAUUACCUUUUUUCUCUUGCAGGAGACAGAAUGAUGCUGGCAAGACCUCCUGAUCCGCCUUUUCAUGGGGGCAGAAGGGAAGCAGCGGCUGUUGAACCAGAUCAGGUCAGGGGAAGCUGCCUUGUGGGGACAGAGGCCGAGGGAUGGAGCAAUGUCAUGGACUGGUUGGGCACAGAGGAGUGGUGGGAGGAAGCAGCCAGGGAACCAGGAAGGGAAGACCGCUCAGAGCCCAAGGAGUGGAGGUGGAACAAGGAUGAGCAGUGAAAGGGAGAAGAGGGAGAAGCCUGGGAAGAGGACGUGUCAGAAUCUGAAUGGGUAACAGGGCUUAGUGAGCUGGGAGACUCUGUGGCAGAAUGCAGUGCAGAAUCAGAGGCAGAAGAGGGAGGAGGCGAGUGGGAGGAGGGAGGUCGAGAGGCAGGUCAGGAGAAGGAGGAGCCACCAUUGGCUCCUUCUUCUUCUGCCAGAAGCCACCCUCCCUGAUUGUCUCUCAGAACCAGGAGACGUCUGACAAUGGAGGAGCAAAGGCAGGCUGCACAUUGGUGCACUGCUCAAUCGCUUGCAAGAAACCCCAGAGAGGAGGGGAGUUAGAAAGCUGUGGGGAGCCGGAGGCCUUCACUCUCAGCAACUGAUUUUGUGGAGGAAGACCCUGGCAUGGAAUUCGACUCAAUAUUGAUCCAGAGCAGAACUCCAAUAUAUAGUUAGCAGAUUUGCACUGUCCAUAAGAAAUCCAGUUGCAGCAGACUUUACUUACAUAACAUAAUAAGUCUAAACCUUAACACUCAGCAUACUUUGUACAGAACACCAGAAGGAAGAGAGAGCGAAAGAGAAAGAGGCUCCUUCUGGCCUCUUAUUAUAGUCAGCCUGACCUUGACAGAAGAGAUAAGAGAACCACUUUAAACCAGCUGUACUCAGCUUCUCUGAAGGAAUAACCCAAACAUCAGGAACCUUCUGCUUAUUUCUCUUAUGCAGACAAGCUUCCAGAACCCUCUUGAAUUAAUCAGAGUAGGAAAGAGAUCAAUGCUUUCUGCACUAAUAAAUGCAGACUGACAAUCCCCCCCAUUUAUUAGGUGCGGGAAGUAUUGAUAUGCAAAACACCUCUAGAAAAACAUUGCAUGUACGCUUUCCUUCUACAAAAAUAAAUCCUAGCCUUUGGUUGGUAGACCAAAGACGAAACAGUCUGACCAGAUGCUUCUGUGAGCAGCAGAACAACAUCCUGACUCCUAAAAAACCAACUCACGUUUUUCAAAUAUAGUCCCUCACAUUAUAAAACAAAACAGUACCUAUGAAACCUGACACAGUUAAGGAAAAGACGCAACUCACACAUCAAAACAGCUAUCUUAUAAACCUUACCUUAUGUUACCUUAUCUUAAACUCCACUCAAAUAUAUAAACCAAGACCUGAAAACAUCACUUCAUAGCAAACCUCUCCAACAGAAUACUCAACAGAGCACCUCUUUACAAGACCACUUAAACAAACUACCUAAUCUUACUUUUCAUAUACCUCCACACUAAAGAAACUUCCACCUAGACAGCUAGUCCAUUAAUUGAUUGACAAUGCAAACUGACAGACCCUCGGGGAAUGAGCUGCUGUUCUCAUUAGGCCUGAAACUCAGCCAAGUCUGUGAAUAUCGUGUUCUUGCUAAGAAAGAGUUAACUCCAGCUGUGAACUGUGGGAUUUCCUGCCCAGAUAACUCUGUGACACGAGGCUUCUGAAUGUCGCCAGUAAGAUUCAUCUGUAGUUGCUGUUUUCAUGGAAUCCUAGAGUUGAAAGGAACCCCAAGGGUCAUCAAGUCCAACCCCCUGCAUUGCAGGAAUCUCAGCUAGAUCACCCAAGACAGAUGGACAUCCAAACUAGGCUUAUUGUAUUUCUAUAUUCAUCACUGAGUGCUAAAAUAGGCUUCUAAGCAGUGGACAGACGAUAACAAAUAGUGGCCAGGAUUCACCUACCCAGCCCUGUCCACUGCAAAAUGGGGCCCGCCCCCCAUUCCUCCCCCUCUCCAUGCCCCCAUGAACCCCUUUAAUUUGGCUUUAGAGCAUUGGGAUGAAACCUCCCCAGAACAACUCACGAGGAGAGGGGAAAGUGGAUCCUUCCAUCUGGGAAACUUGGAUGCUUGUGUAGGCAGAAUGACUUGAAAAACACCAGGUGGAGUACCACCUAUUUGCACAAAGACCAAUACCCAUAAUUAAAACGCAGAAUUAAAUAAUUCCAUUAAAGUGUUAAAAUAAGCAUCCAUAUUUAAAAUGUGCAGCAAAGCAAUCCUAUUGAAACAACACCACAAUUUACAGGAAGGAAACAACAGACCAUUGUGGAGUAGAUCAUAUUUCUGCUGUCUCAGAGGAAGACAUUUCCCUUUUUCUUUUAGGGUCCAGUCUGCUUUGAAGAUGUCGCUGUUCGUUUCACGGACGAGGAGUGGGUGUUGCUGGAUCCUGACCAGAGAGCUCUGCAUAAGGACAUCAUGGAGGAGAAUCGUGGGAUCGUGGCCUCUCUUGGUAAGGCUCCCUGUGGGAUCAUAAUAUCUCUUUAAAUUCAAAACAGCUGUCUGUGAUGAACCUCAUAUAUUUUCACAGAAUUCAACAGCGCCCCAUACAGCACCUGGGAUUACAAUAUUCUCACAAAAAACCUUGAACAGUAAAUUACUGUUUUUUCUGUGAAUGAUCUUCCUCCAGUUGCAGCUUCUUAAACAAGGAUCAGGCUGGUCUGAACUAUCGAGGCCAUUUUAACUGUAAACUUCAGAGUUGUUAGGGAAGUUGAAGUAGCUUCUGUCAGGUUUUCACUUUUUGUUUUUGCUCCUGUCAGUCUUUGGUUGUCCAAAGAGAAGAGUGAUGUUGGAAAUGGAAGGGAUUCCAUAACCUUUGCUCUCCACCAACCCAAGAGUGGGUUGCCUGACAAAGGUGUUUGGCUGUUUUAAAAUGUGAACUGCUGCGUUAGGGACGCGGGUGGCGCUGUGGGUUAAACCACAGAGCCUAGGACUUGCCGAUCAGAAGGUCGGCAGUUCGAAUCCCUGUGACAGGGUGAGGUCCCGUUGUUCGGUCCCAGCUCCUGCCAACCUAGCAGUUCGAAAGCACGUCAAAGUGCAAGUAGAUAAAUAGGUACCGCUCUGGCGGGAAGGUAAAUGGUGUUUCCGUGUGCUGUUCUGGUUCACCAGAAGCGACUUAUUCAUGCUGGCCACAUGACCUGGAAGCUGUACGCGACAUUUUUCCACCCUCGCCACAUCAAGCAGUUGGUCCCUUACCUUUCUCGCCCCGACCUGGCCACAGUGAUCCAUGCGACGGUCACCUUCAGGCUUGACUAUUGUAAUUCGCUCUACGCGGGGCUGCCCUUGAAGCUGUCCCAGAAACUCCAGCGCGUGCAGAAUGCUGCAGCGAGGCUCCUCACAGGGUCUCUGCCAUGGGAGCAUAUUCGCCCAGUGCUUUUCCAGCUGCACUGUCUCACGGUGGAUUCAGGGUCAGAUUUAAGGUGCUGGUUUUGACCUUUAAAGCCCUUCACGGCCUAGGACCCUCGUACAUAUGGGACCGCCUCUCCCGGUAUGCCCCAUGGAGGACCUUAAGGUCCAUGAAUAGUAACACCCUAAUGGUCUGGGCCCUAAGGAAGUUAGAUUGGCUUCAGCCAGAGCCAGGGCCUUUUUAACACUGGCUUCGGCCUGGUGGAACGCUCUGUCUCAUAAGACCAGGGCCUUGCAGGAUCUGAUUUCUUUCCACAGGGCCUGUAAGACAGAGUUGUUCCGCCUGGCCUUUGGCUUGGAGCCAAUUUGAUUCCCUCACCCUCAUUCUUUUUCCUUUCUCCUCCUGUGAUGAGGCUGCAUUUUAAUAUUUUAACGUUUCAAUAUUUUAAUGUUGUAUUAUAAUCUUGUUUUUAAGUUGUAUUCAUUCAACUUGUUUUUAUUUUUGCUUCUUAGCCACCCUUAGCCCGGCCUUGGCUGGGGAGGGCAGGCUAUAAAUAAAAAUUAUUAUUAUUAUUAUUACGCCGGUUCCCUCAGCCAAUAAAGCAAGAUGAGCGCCGCAACCCCAGAGUCGGUCACAACUGGACCUAAUGGUCAGGGGUCCCUUUACCUUUACCUUUACCUUUACCUUUACCUUACUGCGUUUUCAGGGUAUGGAUUCAACAUUCUUUUUGACCAGUUUUAACAAGUAUUCUACAUUAAUUCCUCCCUGAGGCUCUAAUCCAUUUCUCUUUAUUGCAGAUAGUGAUGUACUGGAAAUCAAGAACAAGAGUGACCAUGACAAAAUCCCCACAAUGGAGAAGUUGUAUAAAUAUCUUGAAAAUGGAAAAAGUUCCAAUUCCACUUCCCAUCAAGGAAAUCUCAUUAGGAAGAAACCCUAUCAGUACAUGGAAUGUGGAAAGAGCUUCGGUCAGAGUUCCUCUCUCAAUUCCCAUCAAAGAAUUUAUACAGCGGAGAAGCCCUAUCAGUGCAUGGAAUGUGGAAAGAGCUUCGGACAGAGAGCCCAUCUCACUUCCCAUCAAAGAAUUCAUACAGGGGAGAAACCCUAUCAGUGUGUGGAAUGUGGAAAGAGCUUCAGCCAGAGCUCUGAUCUCACUUCCCAUCAAAGAAUUCAUACAGGGGAGAAACCCCAUCAGUGCAUGGAAUGUGGAAAGCGCUUCAGUAAGAGCUCCCAUCUCACUUCCCAUCAGAGAAUUCAUACAGGGGAGAAGCCCUAUCAGUGUGGGGAAUGUGGAAAGAGCUUUAGUCACAGUGGCCACCUCACUUGCCAUCAAAUAAUUCAUACAACAGAGAAACCAUAUCAGUGCUUGGAAUGUGGAAAGAGCUUCACUACAAUCUCCUCUCUGAGUUCCCAUCAGAGAAUUCAUACAGGAGAGAAACCCUAUCAGUGUGUGGAAUGUGGAAAGAGCUUCAGUACGAGCUCUGAUCUCACUAAGCAUCAGAGAAUUCAUUCAGGGGAGAAACCCUAUCUGUGUGUGGAAUGUGGAAAGAGCUUCAUUGAUAGCUCCUCACUCACUUCCCAUCAAAGAAUUCAUACUGGGGAGAAACCUUAUCAGUGUGUGGAAUGUGGAAAGAGCUUUACUCAUAGCUCCCAUCUCACUUCCCAUCAAAGAAUUCAUACGGGUGAGAAACCCUUUCAUUGUGUGGAAUGCGGAAAGAGCUUCAGUAAGAGAUCCGAUCUCACUAAGCAUAAGAGAAUUCACAGAGGGGAGAAACCCUAUCAGUGUGUGGAAUGCGGGAAGAGCUUCAUUCAGGGCUCCCAUCUCACUUCCCAUCAAAGAGUUCAUACAGGGGAGAAACCAUAUAAUUGUUUGGAAUGUGGAAAGAGCUUCGCUCAGGGCUCCCAUCUCACUUCUCACCAAAGAAUUCAUACAGGGGAGAAACCCUAUCAGUGCAUGGAGUGUGGGAAGAACUUCAGGAAGAGCUCUGAACUCACUUCCCAUGAAAGAAUUCAUACAGGGGAGAAACCAUAUAAUUGUUUGGUAUGUGGAAAGAGCUUCACUCAGGGCUCCCAUCUCACUUCUCACCAAAGAAUUCAUACAGGGGAAAAACCAUAUCAGUGUGCGGAAUGUGGAAAAAGCUUCAGUAUGAACUCCUCUCUCACUUCCCAUCAAAGAAUUCAUACAGGGGAGAAACCCUAUCAGUGUGUAGAAUGUGGAAAGAGCUUCACUGAUCGCUCCUCUCUCACUUCCCAUGAAAGAAUUCAUACAGGGGAGAAACCCUAUCAGUGUGUGGAAUGUGGAAAGAGAUUCCUUCGGAGCACUGAUCUCACUUCCCAUCAAAGAAUUCAUACAGGGGAGAAACCCUAUCAGUGCGUGAAAUGUGGAAAGAGCUUCAGGGACAGCUCCUCUCUUAAUUCCCAUCAAAGAAUUCACACAGGGGAGAAACCCUAUCAAUGUGUGGAAUGUGGGAAGAGCUUCAGGGACAGCUCUCAACUCAGUUCCCAUCAAAGAAUUCAUACAGGGGAGAAACCCUAUCAGUGCAUGGAAUGUGGGAAGAGUUUCAGGAAGAGGUCCUCUCUAACUUCCCAUCACAGAAUUCAUACGGGGGAGAAACCCUAUCAGUGUGUGCAAUGUGGAAAGAGCUUCAGUGCCACCUCCCAUCUCACUUCCCAUCAUAGAAUUCAUACAGGGGAGAAACCCUAUCAGUGUGUGGAAUGUGGAAAGAGCUUUAGUCAGAACUCCAAUCUCACUUCCCACCAAAGAAUUCAUACAGGGGACAAACCCUAUCAGUGCGUGGAAUGUGGAAAGAGCUUCAGGGACAGCUUUGAUCUCAUCUGCCAUCAAAGAAUUCAUGCAAAGGAUGAAAAAGCUUUCAUUGUACAGCUUUCAGCACUAGGGAAAAACACACCUCUUGAACCAGGCCUUUGGCUGAUUGACAUGUAA